GUCCUGCAUACGAGGACAGGGAGGGGUUUUGACUUGUCCUGGAAGAAACACUAAAAGGCAGCAUGCCAUCCUCGCUAGCGACCCAGCUCGCGACGACAGCGUCGCUGAAUAGCGCGCUUCUCAAUACUACCCGGCGGCAGCCCGCUCAAUCUUAUCUCUUUUCCCAAAAGGACGCCGAAGCUCAUGACCUCGACUCCAUUCACGCGCUUGCAUCCUCCGCAUAUACUCAACUUUCGUCAGUUGACCCAAAAUUCGAUAACGAAUAUGAGCAGUCUCUCUUCUCGGACGCAGCUCGCGCGACGGACCGUACCUUGCAACCUACCGAGUUCAAUGACCAGCUCGAUCGCACCCUCCGUACAUUCUUGGGAUUAUUGGGGCCAUGGCUUAUGGACCCUCCAGCCGGCAAGAUCUUAGAGUGGCUUGUCAAGCGCUAUAGGAUAAACGAGUUCAACGUCGAGGACGUCCUUGCUCUCUUCCUGCCAUACCAUGACUCCCCGCAUUUUGCCAAGAUGCUUUCCAUCCUCCAUAUCAAAUCAAAUUCACGCUUCGGAUUUCUACUCCCCUUCAAAUCUACCGCGAAGCCUCUACCACGAACUGCGCUCAUCAAGGGCAUGGUCAAUAACAAGGACGUCGCAAGAUUUGUGGCAGAGAUGUACCCCAACGCCAUCGCAGCCUCCACGACCCACCGUGCCCUCCUCGCCUUCCAGUCGGCUACGAUGCACGACUACAUAUCUAGCGUCUCCCUGGAUGAAAGCAUUCUUGCGAUGCUGCUACCCUCUAUUCUAGCACCAUUGCAGAACCCAAAUGACCGGAAUGCUAUACUGAGUGCCUACGUGCUUGCAAGUACGCUUUCUCAUCGGACAACGUUGACCGAGCGCGCUCUUGUUUCCAUACUCAAGAUGAUGGUUCCGCGGGCUACAUCAACUAAGGGUCCUUUGAAAGGCAAGAACCGCGCCUCAACUACGCCUACUGUCUCUGCGUCGCACUUUGUGCAAGCAGCAGUAGCCGUGUGUGCUCCGCAAGAGGGGCUUCAGGGAGGUGAAGAGUGGGGGAAGAUUGCAAACGGGUGUUUGAACCUCAGAGGCUUCUCGGAAGCCGUUCUCAACGUCCUCCCUUAUCUGCAUGUCGACAAAUUCAUCUACCCCCUCCUUGAAGCCGUUCAGGAUCGCAUAACAGAGCCCGUUGUCUCGACGACAUUCGAAACUAUCUUCAAUACACCUAACCCGCCACUCUCGCUCGUGAAACGUCUCGUUAGCCUCCUUAUUCACACAGUCCAGAAAGCAGGCAGCGAUGAAGAUGAAGACGUGUUUGAUGAAGAGUUACCCGCUGCCUCGCAAGACACCGUGGCCAAACAAGCAAACGUCGCCGCAGCGCGUACACUACUUGCCGUCGUGCACCAGCGCUACUUCGGCUUGCUGAGGGAAGUCAUAGGAGAAAGCGGAGAGGACUUUGUGCAGGUCAAUGGGGUUUCGGACAAGAAGGCGAAGAGGAAGAAGGUUGGGGAUAUGCUUGGGUUCGUUUCUGCCUCCCACCCUCUGGCUCAGUCGACAGAUAUCAACGACCUGGUCGUUGCUUCGACUAGUGCGGAGAAAGAAGACCGUGUUACUGCUGUGCAAGGGCUGUACAAAGUUAUGCAGAACGGUGACAUUCACGACAACGACAUGGCAUCAAUAUCGUCUGCUCUCCUCGCCCGCAUAUACGACUCGGAAGCAGCAGUUCUUCACGCACUCUACGACUCUUCUGACCUCUUCCUUCGCUCCUUCUCAUUGUCUCCGUCUCAAAGCCUUCCUACCUCUGUUCAGUCUCCCAAAGGUCUCCUGGACGCAUUGCAGACGUUGCUAUUCCCUCCCUCACCUGCUCCCCAGCCGUCGCGCACUGUCAUCCAGGCUCACAUUGUCUUCCUCGCUGGUCCGUUCCUGUGCAUGUUCCCAGACCUCAAGGGCGAGGCGGAGGACCUUCUUUGGCCGUUCCUUCUCGCUAGCCGUGCGAAGGCACGUACAGCGGUUGGCGUAUGGGGUGCGCUCAAGGAGGGCAGCACGGAUAAGCAUGGACGGUGGCUGAAAGGUUGCGUUGGCAUCUGGGAGGAGUCAGGGCUGUUAGAUGGCAAUCUGAAAGAGAAGGGCAAAGAUGACGAGGACGCGAAGAAAUUGUGCAAAGCCAAUCUAGGGGUUGCUUCAAAGGUCGCAGAGAACAUCCUCUCUUCCCAUAGGGAUGUCGAGGUUUCGGCCCUGCUCUCAAAGUUGCACGAUCCCCAGCCACAUGGACGUGCGCUGGCUUACCUGGUGGCUCGUGCUCUGUUGCUUCAGUCCUCAGGAGGGCGGCAGGUCCGCAUUGCGUCGCAGGUUCUGAAGGUCAUGCGCUUGAACUCGCUCGACUCCGGCGAUCAAGUCGAGAAACUGACUGACGUUCUGGAUGAACAUUUUGUCGGGAUGAAGGCGACAAUGAAGCCCCAUGGAAGCGUGACUCUGCUGGUGCUUCAGACGUCCGUUCUGGCGCUCAUUCCUGCCAUUGAACUGCCUGAGGGUCCGGUCGACUGGAUUGGUGACGCUGAUGGGGAUGACAAGAGGUCAGAUGCCGCCAGCUAUGUCUCGCUUAUCCGCACCCUCUACACUGUCAUUACCUCCGCCCGACCCUCGACUCCAUCCACGUUAUCUAUAGCUUUCCUACAAGCGCUUUUCACUACGCUCAAAGACGCUUCGAUAAGCUUCCUGUGCGGGCUCCUUCUCUCCUCGGACUCAAGCUCGCAGUCACCAGGCACUGUCACGCGUACUCACGCCUUGCUCCAUGCGCUCGCCUUCCUGCGCGCGCACACGUCCACAAAUGCGGUCGACUUCCAGACGAUUCUUCCAUCGCUGCUUGCCGUCUUGCUUGCGCCCGAGACAGACAAACGAGCACGCGGGCUCGUGUUCGAGUGCCUAAAAGCGCUACUGGGACGCCAAGAAAGCGCCAAAAAUGUGCAUGUGUAUGGGUUGGAUACAAUCUACGGGACCGCAUCGGGCGAGCUGCAAUACUUGGAGUGGAAGGACCUGUCGGUGUACCUCCAAGCGCUGGUUGCAAGUCGAGAGCAGCUCGUGCAAGAUCCAAACUACAUCAAGACCUUCCAUCAACAGCACCUUGGAAAUGCGAACGCGAAAUACAGACGUCGCGUCCUCUGUUAUCUGCUUUCGCAUGUACUGGCUCAUCCCUGCCCUGGAGCAAAGCUUGUGCUCCUGGAAGCUCUGGGUGACGUGACAGAUGCAACACAGGCAGAGAUGCUCCUUCCCGCGGUGAAUCAGUUCGCACAAAACCCUGAGUCGUUUGCCAAGGGUAUGCGGCCUUCGGAUCUGCAAGAGUACUCUUCGCUCAUUGUGCACGGAUUCCUGAUGGUACCUGCCGAGGACCUGAACGAGGCGGAUGGCGAAGAGAGCAAUGAAGCCUGGAAAGUCUUUGUCGGUGCACUCGAGACUGCCUUCCACUCGAAUGCGCCCGUGACUGUGCGUACUCUGUUCGGUGAUGAGAUUGAGAAGCAUUUGUUUUCGAAGCUCAAUCUCGAGCGACAAGUGGAUAUCUGCACAAUAAUGCUUUGUGCAGGCCUUCAGGGAGGAGAUGCAUACUUGCAAGUCAGGGAGCGGCUCAAGGCUAUUCCCAUGAGCGUGCCCGUUAUCGUUCAAUUGCUUGCCCAGUACGAGCCGAUCGUUCAGGAGCAGGAAUCACCAAACUCGAAACGUCCAAGACUGGAUUCCUCGGACACCAGUGCUUCGCAAGAUGAUAUGCCGGUGUUGACACUCCUCGCUGAGAUCAUCAGCGCACGCGAUCUUCCUGGCUCUCUGGAUCUCAUUUCAAGGUUGAUGGAUACACUUGCCAAGGUCGUUCAAUACGGCGUCGAUCGCUCGCUGGAUGCAAGCUACACCUUGCAGACGUUGAUGUCGGCGCUUGAAAACGCUUCCGAAAAAAUCAAGGAGAAUUCUGCACGCUCUAUCCGUCUCGACGUUCUUGUAGAGAUCAUAAGAACAUCGGACAGCCCGCAAACAUUCCAUCAGGCACUUUUGCUCAUUGCAACACUUUCGCGGCUGACGCCAGGUUCCGUACUGCACAAUGUCAUGCCUAUCUUCACGUUUAUGGGCUCGAACAUCUUCCACCGCGACGACGCUUACAGUUUCAGAGUCGUUCAAAAGACCAUCGAAAACGUUGUACCGGUAAUGGCUUCGUCGCUCAAAGAUGCACACGAAGACGGUCUGGCAUUGUACAUUGGAGCUAGUGACUUCUUGCGCGUAUUCACAGAUGCAUCUAAUCAUAUCCCUCGUCAUCGUAGAACAAGCUUUUUCUCGCAUUUAGUCGAAGUACUUGGCCCAGCAGAGUUCCUUGCGCCAGUCAUUAUGCUUUUAGUUGACAAGAACUCGAACCGCAUCAGCCGGCAAAAUGCAGAGGACGUGCAGAACUCGCUAAGCUUGGCCGUCUCUGUUUUACAUCACUUCUCCCAUGCUCUUCAAUUGCAUGUCCUUUCGGAGGUGUUGCUCGAAUGUCGACGUCUUGCACUUCAUCUCAUCAGUGGUGACGAUGCAGGAGCCACUCUCCUCGACUUCCCUCGCGAUGAGGAACAUCCAAAAACCACCAUCUCCGUCUUUAAGAGGCGCAUACAAGCUCUUGUGAUAUUCAUCGGCUAUGCAGUCCAGCCUUACCCCCUUGGUCCUUCGGCUGAGACGAUUAAAGGCGCCAACAUGACCUCGAUAGUGAACUUACUAAUCGACCUCAUGACUAUCAAGGAUCCUUCAUAUACGGAUGUCCUUGUAACCGUUCAGGCAACCGUUCCUCAGAUCAUGGGUGUCAUUUCUGCAUCGGACUUCUUGAAGGCAUCUGCUAUCAUGCUAAAGUCUAACGAGGAUAGGGUUCAGACAGGUUCCUUGGGACUUUUGUCACAGCGCAUAUCAAAUAUAUCCGACAAUGCUCGGCGAGACAACUUGUCUUCCAUAAUUUCCACAGUUGAAGGUAUACAGCAGAUUCUCUCCAAGCAGUCCGGGGGGUCACUUGUAGACGCUGCGCUGCAUGCAUUGAAGGCUAUUGGAUCUACCAUAUCUCCCGGAGAAGAGAAUGCACUGACGGCCACCAUACCAUUGGUCAUGAAGGUCGCGCGGGCUCGCGAUUCUGUGUCCUUCGCCAUGGCAGUCUUCCCUUCUUAUGUCUCUGGUCUCGGCCCCCGUGUGAUUCCUCACUUCCGUAGUCUCGUCGCAGAAUGUCUCUCUAUUUUAAGAGAUAAUCUCAGGGGAAGACUACCCUCCAGUCAGGAGUCCGCCGUGACCGAUUCUUUGGAAACCUUGCGAAAACUUCUUGCUUCUCUUCCAACCUUCUUCGGAGACACCGAAUUGACACAGGUCAUCUCCCUAUAUCUCGAAUCUAGCUCCUCGACAGGGACGUCAGGCAAUUCGAUGGCUUCUCUGGCGCGGUCAAUUGCGAAGUCUCUUCCAGCAAAAGUACUUCUGCCUGUUAUGCAAGGCAUGUGGCUGGAUGUCGAGCAGAAAGAAGUGAUGCAAGGAGAUGUCACCCGUCUGAAUGCCUUUUUUGAUUUGCUCAAACGAUCCAUCCGUUCUGCUCCACGACCGGAUGUCCUCGAGCAAUUGAAGGCUUUGUUCAAGAUUUUCCUCGAGUCAUUUAGCGUUGUCUCGAGUUCGCGAAAUGUUUCAACCCUUGUAGAGGGAGAGUCAACGCUGAUCUCAGCCUUCAUCGAACUCGUCGUGAAACUCAACGAGAACGCGUUCAAACCUUUGUUCAGACGAUUCUUUGACUGGGCUUUCGCGGAUGAGCGAAGUGACGAUGGUCGCAAGGUCACUUUUUGUCACGUAUAUGGCGCGCUCCUCGACUACUUUAAGGGCUUGAUGAACCCUUACAUGUCGACCCUCUUGCAUCCUCUGAGAGACGCUCUCAAGUCAUUUUCAUCGUCCUCCCGAGUUGAUUCUACACUAUGGACAAGCAUUCUAGAGUUGUUGACGCAAAGUUUCAAUGUUGAUGACGGCGUAUUCUGGAGGGAUGAUAGGCUGCGUCAGUUGGCUUCGCCUCUUGUUGCUCAAGCCAAGGUCUGCAUUGAGCUCAAUACCCUGGAAGGAAAGACUCUUCUUGGACAAUGCCUGUCUUCCAUGGUCGACAACAUCGACGAUGACUCGCUUUUGAAGAACAUUAACCUCGAGCUCUUGAUGCAUACGCGCUCUGAGGAGGCACAACUGCGUAUAUAUGCAUUGACAUGUGCUGAAAAGCUGUGGCGUGAGCAUGGUGGAAAACUUUUAGGUUUCGUCGCAGAGACAGCGACCUUCAUCAGCGAAUGUGCUGAAGACGAGAACGACACUGUCGUUCGGGAAGCCCACCAGCUCAAGAACGCAGUUGAACGUGUAGCAGGCAGUAUAAGUGGAUUGUAGUGUGACAGCGUAUAUAAUAUAUAGCUAGCGAAUGUAAU